UUCGAAAAUAAAAAUUUCAUAAAUCGUCUAAUCAUCGCUUUCAGCGGUUCCCCCCAUUCCUCCAGCCGUCAGCUGGCAGCGCCCCAACGUCCACCCGCCUCAACUCGCUCAGUCCAUCCUUCAGAGCGCAUAAAUAACGUCAAUUACCCCCGUUUUCCCUGAAAAAUCACAAAAACCCAAGGAACUUUGUAAUCGCUUGAACAAAAAACGCACACUUCGUCGGUUGAAAAAAAUCCAAUAAAACGAGUGAAAUUGUCGUUAUUUUCCAAAAACGAAGUGUCGCACUUUGAGGUUAUUACUCAUACCGUUUGGAGCCUCGAAACCUUCAAGUCGCCGGACAAAUGCUCCCCAAAGCUCUCAACUCAAUCAAAUACUCGAUGAUCAAAUAAAAACAAAGAUUGAGUGACUCAAUUAUUAAUUUCUCAGUCGAAUUCUUGGGCUGCGGGUCGAAUAGAUGGUAGAGGGUGGGCCCGAGGUGCUCAGACGAGUCAGUGAAUUUAUUCGGAAUUUUAAUCCACGAUUAUUUUUAAGUAAAUCAUGGAUACUGACGUCGAAUCCUGUUUGAAGGAGUGGAAUGAUCUCGCUACGGAUUUCAAGGAGCUUGAGGCUCUCAACAGGGAGUACGUGGCCAAGUUAGAGGAGCUGGCGGAGCUCCAGGGGAAGUGCAUCAAUGGCAUUUCCCAUCAGAGGUAUCGCAUGGGGGUCAUCUCCAAGUCUCUGAAGCAAUUACAAACGAGUGAAGAGCGCCAUAAAUUGAGGAAAGACAUGGAGAGAAGAGAGGAGCAGUUGCACGAAAUGGAGCAAACAUUACCAAAGGCCAAUGGCACGUAUUUAUCAAUUAUUCUCGGCUCUGUCAAUGUAUCAAUAUUGAACAAAGAUGAGAAGUUCAAGUACAAAGACGAGUACGAGAAGUUUAAGUUGGUGCUCUCCGUCAUUGGGUUCAUCUUGAGUGUCAUUAAUUUAUUUACUAAUGUCAGGACCCUCGAAUUGAGUUUCAUGUUCCUCCUAGUAUGGUAUUACUGCACAUUAACGAUACGCGAGAGCAUCCUGAAAGUGAACGGUUCACGAAUAAAGGGCUGGUGGCGGUUCCACCAUUUUUUAUCGACAGUUGUAUCUGGCGUUUUACUCGUGUGGCCCAAUACUGACCCCUGGUAUGCAUUCCGUGGGCAAUUCAUGUGGUUCAACGUUUAUAUCAGUUUCGUCCAAUUCCUCCAAUUCCGCUAUCAAAGUGGAGUCCUCUACCGUCUAAAAGCCCUGGGCGAGCGUCACAACAUGGACAUAACCAUCGAGGGAUUCCACUCGUGGAUGUGGCGAGGCCUGUCAUUCCUCCUCCCCUUCCUCUUCAUAGGCUACUUCUUUCAAUUGUACAAUGCCUACACGUUAUACCGCCUGAUGUUUCACCCCGAAGCAACCUGGCACGUACCAGUGCUCGCAGCCAUGUUCUUCAUCCUCUUCCUCGGCAAUGCCAUCACAACAAUACUCGUUGUGCCCCAGAAGUGGCAGGACACAUUCAGGAGUCAACUGCCAGAUGUUUUUAAUUUCAAGAAUGAUAAGAGGAAGAACUCACAGGUCAAGGAGGAGCUCGCCGCCCAGGAAAAAAAUUCGGUGGGAAAGAGUGACGAGAUGACUCAGCAUCAAGAGAAGAAGGCGAAUUAAUUUAUUGAUUGAUUAUUAGGUGAUUUACUGGGAUUAAUCGAAUUUUUUACUCGUAUUUUCUUCGUUUUUUUCCUCUCAGUGUUUUUUUCGCGAAUUUUGGAGAUUAGUUGAGAUGAUUUACAGUGGUUUCCUCGGCAUAAUAUUCAUUGUCAAUUAAUAUUGAGUAAUAUAGUAAUAUAUUUUUUUUAUUCUGCUGUUGAGUGGAAAUGGUUUUGAUAGGGAAGUGGUAGAACAGAAGGAAAUAGUUUGUUUUUGAACUAUUUUGAUGAAGAUGGAGGGUCUUGGGGGUGAGUGGGACUAGGGGGAAUGAUGGGGGAUUUUUUUGUUGGGCAUUCAAUUUUUUUAAAUGUUUCUGUACUGAAAUCAAUCGGUAGUGAGAUAAUUUUGAAUUAAUGGAAAUUGAUAAAUCGAAAAUGUCACUUUGGAUUGAUUAUUUCUGGUCUUUUGAUGAAUUUGUUAUUAUCUAGGAAUUGUCAGUGUCUUUAGGACAUUUCAAAAGAUAUUUUUUGUGAGAAAAUAAAUUCUCGUCACGUUUCCUUUUAAAUUACUUGUUAUAGAAAUGAAUUCAUAAUUGCUUGAACAAGAACUUCAAUUUUCAGUUAUUUUUUGUCAUCUUGUUAAAAGUGAGAUUAUCUUGAUAAUGAGAGGCUUUAGAGACUUUUUUUGUUGAAAAUUUGAUUCUCUACAGAUAAUUUCAUUUAUUAGAUCGUUUCAAAUUGAUUAAUUAUAAAUUGAGAUGUCGAAAACGUCAAUUUUAAUUAAUUAUUUCUUUUUAUCUCGUUAAAUAUGUAAAUAUCUAAUAAUUAUCAGUGGCUUCAAAAAUUCUUGCAGUUUAAGUCUCGAAAAUUCGAUUGUUUCGAAGAAAAUAUUUAGGAAUAUUCAUUCUCAGGAUCACUCAUUACCGAGACCGCUUCAUUACUAAAAAUAAUGAAUCUUGCUCCAUUUUUUGCAUCCUUUUAAAAGAUAUUAUCUCCUAAAUGAAUGAAUUUACGAAAAAAUUUAGAAAAUAUUUUUUGUCGGAAAUUUAAUUAACAACAAAAAAAGUAUCUUGACAUUUUCUCUUAAACCCACUCGUUCAUGAGAUAAACACAAUUAACAAACAACAUUCACCUUGAUUUAUCGUUUUACCACUUCGUUGAUUCUACUCCAUUGAAAUUUAAUUUCUCUCGUUUUUUAUAAAUUUCUUUCGCUUCUUUGCGAGUUGUUGUAAUUGUGAGUGGAUUGUAAUGGAAUAAAGGGUGUCGACAGAUCAGUUGCGACAUUUUUUUGAAAUGUUCACAGCUCCGAGGGAGAUAUCGCCCGCUAGCGAAUUUUAGUGAUUUUUUUCCAUCGAGAAUUUACGUUUUUUGUGAACAGCUCGAGAAUCGGGAGGGGUUGAGCGUUGAGAAUGGUCUCAUUGGACAGCCGGGAAUAUUUCCGAUUCAGUUCACUACACAAAAAUGCAUUUUGCCCCAAUGGAUCGUCAACAACCGUUUAAAAACUGUUUUAGAAUAAAAAAUUUGUUUAAUGAAUAUUUUUGGAGAUUACUAAUAAAAAAAAUCUUAUGACCAGUGAACUGGAUCGGAAAUUUCCCCAGCUCUUCGAAGAUUCCAUCCCCUCCAAUACAAUUAUUAACAAUUGGGAGAUACCCGAUUUUUUUUAAUUUAAAAAAUUUAAAAUCGAUUUCGUUAAUUAUCAGAAUACAGUUGAUUCAGAUGUUUUAUGAAGGAAUAAAGUGGCAUUCCCAUUACUGUGUAAUAA